CGAGGAAUAGAAGUUAGCAGUCAACCAGGAACGGGACCGGGCAGUCUUCCACUCAAUUUCUUAAUCUAUCGGCCUGCACUAUCCCUCCUGUAUGGUGGAUAUUAUAUUAAAUUCUUCUUUCUUGGGUGAUAUGGGGGAUCAUUCCAAAAAGAAGUCUGGAAUCGCAAUGUGUGUGGGCUGUGGGAGUCAGAUCCACGACCAGUACAUCCUGCGGGUCGCCCCGGACCUGGAGUGGCAUGCUGCGUGUCUGAAGUGCUCGGAAUGCAGUCAGUACCUGGAUGAGACGUGCACUUGCUUCGUCCGAGAUGGCAAAACAUACUGCAAAAGAGAUUAUGUAAGAUUAUUUGGGAUUAAAUGUGCAAAAUGUAACAUUGGCUUCUGCAGCAGUGAUCUGGUGAUGAGAGCUCGUGACAACGUUUACCACAUGGAGUGUUUUAGGUGCUCGGUGUGCAGCCGGCAUCUCGUGCCGGGGGAUGAGUUCUCUCUGCGGGACGAGGAGCUGCUGUGUCGGGCUGAUCACGGUUUACUUCUGGAACGGGCCUCAGCGGGAAGCCCCAUUAGUCCGGGAAAUAUUCUCUCCAGGUCUUUUCAUAUUGCCGAUCCUGUGUCAGUCCGACAGCCUCCUCAUCGGAACCACGUCCACAAGCAGUCAGAGAAAACCACUCGGGUGCGAACAGUAUUGAACGAGAAGCAGCUUCAUACCCUUCGGACCUGUUACAAUGCCAACCCAAGACCAGACGCUCUUAUGAAAGAACAAUUGGUAGAGAUGACCGGUCUUAGCCCAAGGGUCAUCAGAGUUUGGUUUCAGAACAAACGUUGUAAAGACAAGAAGAGAACUAUAUUCAUGAAGCAACUUCAACAACAGCAUCACAUCGAUAAAACUAAUCUUCAGGGGCUGACGGGUACACCUAUGGUGGCAGGCAGUCCAAUUCGACACGACAACACGGUCCUAGGAAACCCAGUAGAGGUGCAGACUUACCAGCCCCCCUGGAAGGCCCUGAGCGAGUUCGCCUUGCAGAGUGACCUGGACCAGCCCGCCUUCAGGCAGUUGGUGUCUUUUUCUGAAUCGGGCUCCAAGGGGAACUCCUCCGGCAGUGAUGUGACCUCCUUGUCGUCGCAGUUACCGGACACCCCGAACAGCAUGGUACCAAGUCCGAUGGACACGUGAGACCAGCCCAACAGUGACGCUUCGAACUCCAGCAUGCGCCCGCGUGCCCUGCAUGAGAAUUGGCUAGUUAACAUCUUUGAGAGGAAAAGGAUUUCAUCUUAUUUAAAGAACAAUAACGCUGGAUUUGUCUAUGAGGAUGCACCAUUUGUUCACGGAGGGACCUGUCUGCAUUGCUCAGGAUCGGAUGAAUUUUAAGUUACCAGCCAGUGACAACCAAGGGCUAUAACUAAAGCAGAGGCUGAGCCUCGGAUCUUACCUAGAUGGUUGGACAUAGCCUACGUGAGGAUUAUAUCUACAAACAUUCAACUUUAUUAUGAGUCGCUAGCUUGUAAUGAUGAACAUAUCAGAACAUUAUCCAUAGUGGCCAACAAUUGUAUAGUUUCAUCUAUGUAAGUUUCCUAUGUCGGGUGGCGACCAUGUGGAGACCCAUGACUCUAUAGAUGUGCAUGAUUUCUAGAGAUGAUUUAAAAUCAAGCCUUGUAAAAUAUUGUAAUUAAGUGGAUGGGAUACAGAUUGUGGAACCUUUCAAGAAAAAGUAAGUUAUUGAUAUUUAUUAUGCGAAAAUGUAGGCUAUCGUAAUAAACCCAUAUGAACUGUUUCAUGUCUAAUGAACUCUGCAUGUGAAAUCUCAUAGAUGCAGUAAUUCAAUCAAAUAUUAACCGACAUUUCAAAUGGACAAAAUAAAUCACUAUGUAUUUA